UAGCGCCAGUUUCGACUUCUCCCUCUCGCUGCAGGCAGCAGCUUGUAAAUAAGACUAGAUUCAUGUGUAAUUGUGUCUAAAAUAACCUGUUACUUCUAUCAAACUACGCAGAGGGCUGCGUGGUGACAAAGCAACAUAUUGACAGCUUGGACGUAGCUGUAAAAGUUGCAAUUGAGCUAAUACAGGACACAAGGCUGUAACAGCGGAACCAGAGAUCAUCUGAAAUCAGCCCCAUCACCAACAUUCCCUAAAAUGGACAGCGAGGAUGAUCUGGACAUUCUGACGGCACUGCUGGCUGAGAAUGAGGGGGUCGAAGAAGAACAGGGGGGUCAGGAGCAGGCAGACGACUUGGAUGGCCUGUUUGACGGCGACGGUGGGGAGGAGGAAGAGUACAAGAUGGCUUACAGGAGGAAAAAGCAAGAUGUGGAGUCAGAAGACGUAAUGUCGGAUCUUUUUGGAGACGUGGAUGACAUUGAAAAUGAAGGAGAAGACACUAAAGGAAAUGAGAGCCUCAACAAGUCCAAGGAGGACUUGCAAGAUGAGCUGAGGCAAAUGCAGGAGAAGAUGCAGCGGUUGCAGCAGCAGCUGGAGGCGAGUCAGAAGAUUUCCACGCCAUCUUCCACUCCGGUCAAGACUGCAGGAUGCUCAGCUGCUCCCAAACCAAUAACCUCCAAACUGCCCCAGGCCAAGAAGACCAAGACACAAGCAGCAGCAGCACCUGUCUCCACUCCUGUCAGAGCAGGAGGUCCGAAGGUCAAGGAGUCCUCUGACUUUUGUGAUCAGCUGACAAAUGCUGACUCGUUCAAACGCAAACCCAGGGUAGCUCAUCCCAAAGCCAGCACAUCACCAGAAGAACGAGGUCCUCUGGUGGAGAUAAAGCUCGGCGGCACCUUCCAGCCAGCAGAGAGCAGCAGCAGUAAGCGUCUCAGUCCCGCCUCUCAGAGCAGGCCUGGCCCGGCUGCUUCUUCUCUCCUUCCACUUCCUAAGGAUGUGGCUGUGGAGAAAUACUCAGGACUCCGUCUCAGGAGACCGCGAGUUUCCUCCAGCGAGAUGGACCGCAAGAUGGCCGACCGGCGUCUGAUCCGCCUGUCGCAGGUGCCGGAGCGCAUGGCUCGGGAGAAGCUUGAGGAUAGCGACUGGGUGACGUUUGCUGUGCUUGUCAACAAGGCCACACCACAAAGCAACAGCAGUGGCAAAACCUUUAGCAUCUGGAAACUGAACGACCUCCACAACCUGGAAGUGUUCGUGUCUCUGCUGCUGUUCGGUGAAGUUCACAAAGAGCACUGGAAGACGGAGCCGGGCACCGUCAUCGGACUCCUCAACCCGAACCCCAUGAAGCAGAAAGAAGGAUAUGACGGGGUGAGCCUGACCGUGGACAACCCACAGAAGCUGUUGCUGUUGGGGGAAGCUCAGGACUUCGGCACCUGCAAGGCCAUGAAGAAGAACGGAGACCCCUGCUCUCAGAUGGUCAACCUGUACGAGUGCCAGUACUGCCAGUAUCACGUCAAGGCCCAGUAUAAGCAGAUGAGCUCAAAGAGGGCCGAGCUGCAGUCGGCUUUUUCUGGAAAAGCUCCCAACAAGAUGAAGGGGAAGGGGGGGAGCCUGAAGGAGCGGCUCUGUCAGGACGGCUUCCACUACGGCGGGGUGUCCUCUGCCGCCUGCGCUGCCUCUUUAACGUCGAACAAAGGCAACCAAGGAACCCAGAAGACUCUGGACAAGCUGUUUGUGAAAGGCUCGGCUAAGCAGCUCAAUCAGGCCAAGAGGCUGGCCAUGCAGUCCGGGGAAGUUUCAGGAUGUUCAAAUGAAUUUAAGAGCCUGCUGUCAACGCCGACACCCGGAGCUCUGCAGCUGAAGAAGCACUUGGUACACGGCGGCCAAUCAGUCCCCAAAAACGGAGAUUCAGCUCCAUUUCAGUCCAUCACCGCCUCCUCCCUGCUGAAGGAGCAGAAAGCCAAGCAGCGGGAGUUCCUGCAGAGCCGCCUGCGGAGGCCAGAGCCGAUCCAGAAGAAGGUGCAGAGCUCAUUGGGGCCCGGGCCGUCCUCCUCACUGAUGUCCCCCAAAGCAGCCUCCGAGGCCACAAUGAGCCCCGCCACUCCCCACACCCCGACCCUGGGCCGAGGCUUCUCCGAGGGGGAGGACAUCCUCUUUUUUGACGGCAGCCCGCCUCCGGCUCCCGCCCCCAUCGCUCUCAGUCUAUCAGCCGCCAAGCUGGCUGCUCUGAGGAAGCUGAAAGCCAAAGGGUCGGGACUUAAAAAGGAAGACCCCAACGCUGUGAAGAGGAAGAGGAGCAACAGCAGCGAUAUCAACGCCCGGCUGGAGAGGAACCUGACCUCAGCCGAAGCUGAGGAGGAGGAGGAACCAGCUGAGAAAAAGAAGCGAGAUCAGCUCCUCUACAUCCAGUCAGACGAAUUUCAAAAGAUCCUAAAUGCCAAAUCUCGCCAUGAUGCUGCGCUGCAGGCGGCGGAGUACCAGAUGCAGGAGAGCUACUUUGAUCCUCUGGUGAAGAAAGAGCAGAUGGAGGAGAAGAUGAAGGGCAUCAGAGAGAUGAAGUGUCGCGCAGUUACUUGUAGAAAGUGUAAGUACACCUACUUCAAACCGGCGGAUCGUUGUGUAGAGGAGAACCAUGAUCUGCGGUGGCACGAUGCCACCAAGCGCUUCUUCAAAUGUCCCUGUGGACAGAGAUCCAUCGCUCUGGACAGACUGCCAAACCAACACUGCAGUAACUGCGGUCUGUUUAAAUGGGAGCGUGAUGGGAUGCUGAAGGAGAAAAAGGGUCCGAAGAUCGCCGGAGAGCUUCUCCAGCCUCGAGGGGAGGAGCACGGAAAGUUCCUCAACAGCAAUUGACAGCGGCAGGAGUUCUCUUUGUAAUUUAAGCAUUUUAGGAUUUUUGUAUUUGUAUGAAUUAUGUUUAUAACAUUAUAGGUUUAUCUUGAUGAAGGUUUGAUUUCAAAUAAGUCGAUUAAAGCUU